AUCGCGUUAUAUGUUUCGCGGUUAUUGUUCCUAUCAAAACUCUUUAUUCCAUAACGCGAUAUAUUGAGCGGAGUAGAUUUUCACAAGUUGGGAAUGCUUAUAUGUGCAGCAUAACAUCAAAACAUUCGUGCUGAGAAAAAUGGCUGAGAAAUCAAAACAAGAGUUUAUGCAAAGGUUUUUGAAUAAUGCAAGGAAAAAAGCACUGAAUAUUAAAGCUCCACAUAGUGGAACUAGUACAAUUAAACAGAUUGAAACUCAGGUAAUUGAGGCAAAGGACGAGGAUUGGCUGACAAAAAAAGCUCUCGAGGAAAUUGAGAGAAAUGCAAAGAUACAUAAAGUUAAGAGAGAGUCAGGAUUGCCAUCAGAGGAACCAAAAGCAAAAACAAAUAAGAGAUUCCUGACCACGACACUGACUAAUGCCUUAUCUCAUAAUGAACGCAAAUCUACCAAAAACAUAGAAAAAUCAUCUCAUAAGCUUAAGGAACUUGAACGCUAUCAGAAGCUUAAAACGAGCACUGAGAAAUUUGGCGAUCGGAAACAUCAUUAUAAGAAACCAGAAAAGUCAAAGGAAUCGGAUGAUAGCAGUGACUGAUUGUUGAUUAUAUAUUUUUUGAUGUAUCUCCUUAAAAUGUAUUUUUCAUAUAUGCAAUAAGCCCUAUUAUUUUUUGAUAAGUCAAUUGUUUUACUUAUUUAAAUACACGAUUAACUUAAAAAGCUCAAA